CGGCGCAUUUUAGCCCCAUCACACCCCCAAUAUAAACUCGAGGUUCCGGCGAACUCCGAGUCUCCAUAGAAAGAAAGAGAGAGAUAUGGCAAUGGGUACGCAUAGAUCGAAGCCGCCGCCGUUGCAGCAGCCACUGCACAAUUUCACGCUUCCGUGUGGUUUGGAGUGGGGAAAGCGGAAGUUCUCGAACGAAGAAAUCGCCGCCGUUCACCGGCGGUCUAAUGGGCGGUCGUCGUCGGAGAAGCUGCUCGGGACGCGAAGGUCAGAGGCUGCGAUAGGGCGGCAGAGCCUUGGAUCAGAUUGGCGGGAUCCGCGCACGGGUGUUCUCCAGAAUCGUCUGACGGAGGGCGGCCGGAAGUUUCGGUCGGAAGUGGAAGACGGGAUCGCAGCCGUGAGGGAGAAACUUCUGUUUGAUCUCCAAGCGGCGGCGACUAAGAUGAAGGACGCGAUUUUCAUGAUGGGUCUGGGAGAAAACGAAGAGCCGCCGCUGGCGGCGGAUAAGGGCGAGGGUGAGCCCCCGGCUCCGGCGAUAUGCCGGAACACUAAUCCCCCCGCGGGUCCAUCGGAAACCGCCUUGCCGUGGAAUUUGCGUGCGCGCCGGUCCUCUAGUAAGCAAUUCACGGGCACCGCCGCUUCCGGCGAAUCCAACCCGGGUUCGAAAUCUGAUGUACGGCCGCCGCCGCGCCCGAAUGGUUCGCCAAUGAAGACCGAAAACAGAUCUCCAAGAAUUCCAAGCGGCUCCGCCGCCGGGCAGAAGCGGGGCAGGGCUAAAUUCUCCGUCGCACUCACCCGGCAAGAGAUCGAGGAAGAUUUUGCGGCCAUUACCGGCAACAAACCCGCCCGCCGGCCCAAGAAACGAUCCAAAACUGUUCAGAAAAAUCUGGAUAGCCUAUUUCCUGGAUUGUGGUUGGCAGAAAUUAGUGCAGACAUGUACAAAGUUCCUGAUGAUCAGUAGCAAUGAAAGAUAUGGAAGCCAUUGUUAGCUUGAAGACAAUUGUUCAGAUCAUAGUGCAAAUCAAUAUUUUAAUUUUCCCAAACAAUUAGUGUUGUGUAUUUUUUUUUUCUUUUUUGCUUAUUCCAAUUGGUUGUGCUUGUUCAAGAGUACCCAUAAUUCUCUUAUGAUAGGAGUUUUAUUUAUAAAAAAUGCUAGAAUUCAAU